AUGUCCGCUAAUACUGAAGUCAACGAGCGUCGGUAUCGACCUAUCUACGAGGCCCUCGACGCGGCCAAUUACAAAGGCGCUCUCCAGAGGUGCAGCAAACUCCUUAAAAAACAACCGGACUUACUAGUUGUCAAGGCUUUGAAAGCCUUAGCAUUAGAAAAGACUGGGAAGACAGACGAGGCAAUUGAAUUAUGCGCUCAAAUCAAGGCACUGAAACCGGUUGACGAAGCUGUUCUGCAAGCUCUUUCAUUGGUGUAUCGAUCAGCUGACAAACAACAAGAUGUUGUGGAACUCUACCAGACUGCGUUAAAACAAAAACCGAACAGCGAAGAAUUCGGAUAUCAUUGGUUUAUAGCUUUAGUUAGAAUACACGACUACAGAGGGCAGCAACAGGCGGCUUUAAAACUCUAUAAGACGUUUAAAUCAAACAGAUACUAUUUUUGGGCGGCUACUAGUAUUCUACUGCAGGCAGAUGAAGCCGAGGCUCAGCAAAAAGAUCUCUUACUAUCAUUGUCAGAGCGAAUGAUUGCAAAGGCUAUUGAAGAGAAACGAUUGACUACUUCUGAAGAAUUUUACUUGUAUUUGGUCAGUCUCAUAAGACAAGACAAGACAAAGGAAGUCCUCGAAAUUCUUGAAGGAGAGCUUGGUCAGAAAUUCCAAAAUGACAUUGAGAUUAAAUCGAUCAAAAAUACAGUGUUGAGAAAAGAAAAGGCCUGGGAAAAGCUUCUAUUUAUAUCAGAGGAGGCUGUGAGUACUGUAAACAAUGACGAUUGGUUAAGCUAUCUGGCAUACAUUGAAGCUGUUCUCGAAAUUUCAUCAAAUGAAACUGAUGAUAAUGCCACGAGUACGAUAGAAAAAGCCCGCGAAUUCAUCUCUAAAAUCCAGGAGAAAGAGCUUUCACGCCUGGAGAGCGAACCGACACGAAAAUAUUUGCAUCGUGGACCUUUUCUUGCAGAACUCAGGCUCGAGAAACAGAUUGCAUCGAUUGAAAAAUAUAAUUCGAAAGAUUUGUCACCAUUGAUUUUGAAAUACUUCUCAAGGUUCUCCUCAAAGGCUUGCUGUUUUGAAGACUUGCAGCCUUAUUUAGACGGACUUAGUGCGGAAGCUGCUGAGAAACUUGUCAGUGACUUUAAAAGUAGUGUUGACGAAAGUAGUCAAGAGACCAAGGACAAGAUUAACAAUGUCCAGCGAUGGAUAAACAUUUAUAAAUUCGAACGAUAUUUGGGAUUGCUCUCAACUUUAGAUGAAAAGCAGUUGAUAUCAUACGCUAAUACGUUGUGGAAAGCAUAUUGUGACUCAUUGCCAUUGGGCGAAAACCUGAAAGAGACAGAAUUGCAUUAUGGAGAUGAUUUUGCAGUUCUUGCUACUCAUGUUUUAGUUGACUUACACAAAAGGAGUGGAUCAAAUAUUUACCUUUUCCAAGCAAUGAUGAUUCUUGAAACAGCUUUGGAAAAUAGUUCUUCCAACUUUCAAUUUAGCCUACUGCUGAUACGCAUAUAUUUGAUGUUGGGAAUAUGCUUUCGACCAAUACAACUAUUUAAAUCAUUGGAGGUGAAGCACGUACAAUGGGACACGCUUGGUCACUUUGUCCUCAGUCGGGCUACCUCAUUAGGCUUUUAUGAAGUUGCGCAGUCAAUAUUAUGCGAUUCGCUGCAUAUUUAUCAAAGCAAUACAGAUGAGACUCCAGACAUGAUUGUAUUCGCAUACAAAAAUGGGACAUAUUCAAAGGUGGAAGAGUUUAUAGAGUUCGAGAAAAGAUUGAUGAAAUCUAUUCAACACGCCAUUAUCGACCGUGAGCUAAUGCGAAUUGAGCUGUUUGACGUGUCCAAUUCUCUUGCACAAAUCAAUGGCUAUCUGGACGAGUUUGAAGACGAGGAUAACUUGGAUGACCGCAUCAAUGACAAAUGUGACAACAGAGAUUUUGAUGUCAUGUCGAAUUUCAACCCCAAAGGCACACCAUCGGUUGAAGAAAGCACCCGAUUCGCUCCCAAGCAUGAUGUGACAUGGCUGAGAACUUUUGAGAUCAUCCCACGACUACUGAAAUGUAUUUGUUCUGGAGCUUCAGUCGAUAAAGUUCGGAAGCAUAUCGAGAUGCUUGUGGCAUGCUGUAAAGAGACGAGUUUGACCAAGGAAGAAAUUUCUAUUGCCACAAUCCUUGCAAAUUUGGGAGAAAUAUACUGCUUAUUGAGAGAUGAGGAAGCUGGAAUUGAAGAUGUUAAGAAGAACUUGGAUGACUGUAUCGCUAAACUAAUACAGCGUUUAGAAGAUGUUGUACCUACCAGACUGCUUGAUGAUGCGAUAGAAAGUUUGUCAUGGAAACAUAUCUCACAACUGUCUUGUUUCGCUGAGGUAGUGAAUUACUUGGUGAUUACAUUGUCAAGCUUUAAAGCUUUGACACUAUCUGGGGGCAAAAAAUCUAAAAUUCGACAACUGUAUCCGGUCAUCCAAUCACUUAUUGAAUCCGUGAAAUCGAAAUUUUUCGAGCGUCAGGAUCUGUUCGAUGCUCUUGAAAAACGGUUGAUUCCAGAAGAUAUUGUCGAGGAGAUUUACCCUCUGCUUUCGUCUCAAGACAGUAUCGAAUUUUGUCGGCUUGAGUCGAAUUCCGAGUUUGUGAAGGAUAAGAUGACGGUUGUCGCAGUGAGCUGGGGAGAUUUUAUGGAAUACUGUCUCCGUCAAUAUUUCAAAACAAUUGGAUGGAACGAGGACAAUAGAUACUCAAAUUUGUGUGCAGCUUCAAGAGCGAUACUCGAUUUCAAAAUACCACAUGGCUUACAUUUCACAAUAUCAAAAAUACCGACGCCACUCUUUAAAACCUCAUAUUCGAUGAAUGCUCUGCCUGUACUCAAUGGAUACAUUGGCUAUCUUUUUACUUCUCAGCCAUUAAUACUUGAACCAAGUGCAAAAGUGAGAUUUGGAGAAUUAGUGGAUCGAUUUUAUAUCAAUCAUCAACCAAUCACGCAUCCGCAAGAAGUGGACGAUGUUAAGAAACCAUACGUGUCCAAAGAUUAUAUUUUGUACAGCCGAUUACACAUUCCAACCACUCGAUUAGAAAUCCUUUACUCAAAAAGGUUAUCCCCCUGGUCACAAUUCGUAUUUACGGGAAUUAACGAGCAUACACGAAGAGGGGCCCCACAUGUAACUGCUGAGAUACAGUAUGAUGCAGGGAAAUGGUGCACAGAAGCCUUUUAUUCUACCAACCGUUCUCUUAUCGGUUUACGUGGACUCUACCAUCUGGCAGAUGACGGUGCAUCAGUCGCGAAAGACGCUCAAUCCGAUAAUGGAAGUGUCACAGAUAACGCUUCUACACCCAAGAACAAAUCGCAAAAACAAUCUCCAAGUAGAUUGGCAGAAUUCCAUAAUCACUCAUCAGACGAGUCGGAAGAAUUUGACAACGACAUGGUAGAAGGAUUAAAAGGGCAAUGGACUGUUGGAACAGAAAUAUACUAUGGAGCAAGUGAGCGUAGUGGAGGAAUAUCUACAGGGUUACGCUAUCGUACCCUUCCACAACACCCAAUGCAAUCACCACUUACUUUUACUUAUCUCUUUAACCCAAUUAUGGGACAUAUGUCAGCUGCUUUUGCAGCACAAGUUUCUGACACCCUGGCGCUAUGCCCCAGAUUUGAUUUCAACAUGUUCAGCUAUGAGAGCGAUUUGAUGAUUGGAUGUGAAUGGUGGCAACGAACAAAGAGAGAAAUUGAGAACAGCGUGGGAGAUGGAAAAGCCAAAGACGAUAUGCAAGGUAUUGUGAAGGCAACUUUCGGUGUGGCCAAGGGGAUAAAGUUUCUUUGGGAAGGUCGAUAUGGGAAAUUGUUGUUCAGUUUAGGAUUGGUAGCUGAUUUACGGUCAAGGUUGUCUCCUAUCCAAUCAGUUGGCUUAGAAUUGCAAUACUUCUCAUGA